UUCCGGUAUUGAGGGUCUGGUAUUUGUGCAUGUCUGUGUUCGGAUAACAGAGUUUUUAUAGCUGCUUGGACUUCCUAUGGUGACAGAUUUUCUGUUGGAGAGCAAAGGGGACCCAGAACGUUGUUGCCUUUACAUUCAAUCCUGUCUAGAAUGUAGAAAUGAGCAACGUCCAUCGUGGCAUACCAGUUGGUCCCAACAAGUUUUUAUUAUCCAAAUAUAUACAGUGAUAAUGUAUAGUGUGUUUAUCUCUACACCAGUCAGACAUUUGGUACAAACUAACUUGAAUUAACAUAAUAUCAUUUUAGACCAUCAAUGACUGGGUUCCCAUCGGCAUGAAUAACUAAUUUAUGAACAGGUAUUUGGAGUACAGAGGAGAAACAGGUGACGUGAAGACAACAUUGUUGGUUAAAAGCCUCAGCUGUAAACAACACUUCAAACAAACGUUUUCUGGAGUGUCAUGUAGUCCCGGUUCACAUUAUGUACAGUGGGAUGUACUGGACUUAGGAGACAAUUUGGCUCUGAUUAAUUUGUCAUGUAGUUAAAACACACCAGUUAUAAGUUUGUUGAAUGAAAGACCAACUCUAACUAAUGUUGUAUCUUUGUUCUGUCAUAGCACGUGGUCUCAGGAUUGUGAUGUUUGGAAAAAGCGAGGACAAAAACAAAAUGAUAUGCAACUUCAUCACUGGGAGCAAACAGUUAAAACAUCAUUUAAGGAUCCAAAGCAAGCAUUGUGAGGUUGCCCAUGGAGAGUGGAGAGGAAAUCCUGUGAAAGUAGUUAAAACUCCGGACCUGUUCAGUCUGUCUGUGGAAGCAUUCAGAGAACAGAUGAAGCAGUGUGUGAGUCUUUGUCCUCCUGGACCAAAUGUUCUGCUGCUGGCUGUGAAGCCGUCUGAUUUCACAAAGGAGAACAGACAAACACUGAAGAUCAUCCUGAGUUUGUUUGGUAACGAAGCCUUUAAACACUCAAUGGUCAUCCUGACACAUAAGGAGAGUGAAACAAGUUUCUAUGUAAAUCAGCUCCUUAACGAGUGUGGAGGAAGACACUACAGCAUGGCUGAAGAUAACCACAGACUUUUAAUGAAGAAGAUUGAGAACAUUGUGCAUGAAAACAGAGGAACCUUCCUCACCUUCAAUGAAGAGAUCAUCAGGCCAAAGUCUGAACACAUGAAACCAGCUCUAAACGUGGUUCUGUGUGGGAGGAGAGGAGCAGGGAAGACCUCAGCAGCCAAGGCCAUUUUAGGUCAGACAGAGCUUCAUUCAGUCUCCAGCUCAGAGUGUGUUAAACAUCAGGGAGAGGUGUGUGGACGUUGGGUUUCCCUGGUGGAGCUGCCUGCAUUGAAUGGAAAACCUCAGGAGGAAGUGAUGGAGGAGUCAUUCAGGUGUAUCUCCCUCUGUGAUCCUGAGGGCGUCCAUGCCUUCAUCCUGGUCCUUCCUGUGGGUCCCCUCACUGAUGAAGACAAGGGAGAGUUGGACACCAUCCAGAACACUUUCAGAUCUCGAGUCAAUGACUUCACCAUGAUUCUGUUCACUGUGGAGUCAGAUCCUACAGCUACAGAUGUUGAUACAUUUCUAGAGAAAAACAAGGACAUCCAGGAGCUCCGUCAGAGCUGUGGAGGAAGACAGUUUGUCCUCAACAUCAGGGACCAGCAGCAGAUCCCAGAGCUGUUGGACAGUUUGGAAAAAAUGAGACUGAGACCCAAAAAAGACAAACCAAGCUGCUACACAACAGAAACAUUUGCAUUUGCCCAAGAGGAAAAUAUCAUACAACAAGAGGAACUUGAACUGAAGGAGCUGAGAACAAAAAGCACAAUCAGCUGUGAUGAAGAGCAGCAGAGCCCAGAGAGUCUCAGGAUUGUGCUGAUAGGGAAGACCGGCUGUGGGAAGAGUUCUUCAGGAAACACCAUUCUAGGAAAAGAGGAGUUCAAAGCUGAAUCAAGUCAAAUAUCAGUUACUAAAGAGUGUCAGAAAGCAGAGAGUGAAGUGGACGGUCGUCCUGUUGUUGUGGUCGACACUCCUGGUCUGUUUGACACAACUUUGUCUCAUGAAGAAGUUUAUGAGGAGAUGAUGAAAUGCAUCAAUCUUCUGGCUCCAGGACCACAUGUCUUCCUGUUGGUGUUACACAUUGGCAGACUCACAUCAGAGGAGAAGGAGACAUUGAAACUGAUCAAGGAAGGUUUUGGGAAGAAUGCUGAAAAGUUCACCAUCAUUCUUUUCACCAGAGGAGAUUCACUGGAACGGGGCAAGAUUUCUAUUGAUGAAUACAUUGAAAAAGAGUGUGAUGAAUCCUAUAAGGAACUGAUUUCUGACUAUGGAGGAAGAUAUCAUGUGUUCAAUAACUGUGAUAAACAAAACCACAAACAAGUCAGUGAGCUGGUAACAAAGAUGGACACCAUGGUGAAGGAGAAUAGAGGCAGCUGCUACACCAAUGAGAUGCUGCAAGAGGCUGAGGCAGCAAAACAGAAAGAAGUGGAGAAGAUCCGGAAGGAGAAGGAAGAAGAGAUGCAGAGAGCAGAAAUUGAGAAGGAGAGAAAACUGAGAGAAAAACAACUUGAAGAAAAGGAGGAAGAAAUUAACAAGGAACGUGAUAAAAGAAAGAGAGAACAGGAAGAGAGAGAAGAAGAAGACAGGAAGAGAAAACAACAGGAAGAAAAACAAAGACAGGAAUGGGAACAGAAAGUUGAAGCUUUGGAGGAAAAAAUUAGAUCAGAGUCAGAAUUAAAGGAAAGAAAACUGAAGGAGAACAAAAAACAGAUGAGAAAAGAACGAGAGAACUGGGAGAAAACACAGAAAGAAGAGAGGAAGAAACGAGAACGAGAAGAUGAACAGAGACGACAGGAGGAACAAACUAGACUGAAAAAGCUUCAAGAAGAAUACGAACAGAAAAGAGAAAAUUAUGAAAAAAUAAUCAAAGAGGAGAGAAUCAGAAGAGAAAAGGAGGAAAAAGAGAGAAGAGACUUUGAGGAAAAACAGAGAGCAGAAAAUGAAAGGGAGAGAAAAAUGAGAGAAAAACAACUUGAAGAAAAGGAGGAAGAAAUUAACAAGGAACGUGAGAAAAGAAAGAGAGAACAGGAAGAGAGAGAAGAAGAAGACAGGAAGAGAAAACGACAGGAACAAAAACAAAGACAGGAGUGGGAACAGAAAGUUGAAGCUUUGGAGCAAAAAAUAAGAUCAGAGUCAGAAUCAAAGGAAACUAUAGACAGAAAACUGGAGGAGAGCAAAGAAGAGAUGAGAAAAGAACGAGAGAACUGGGAAAAGGUUAGAAAAGAGUGGUGGAAGAAACGAGAACAAGAAGAUGAACAGAGACGACAGGAGGAACAAUCAAGACUGAAAAAGCUUCAAGAAGAAUACGAACAGGAAAGAGAAAAUUAUGAAAAAAUAAUCAAAGAGGAGAGAAUCAGAAGAGAAAAGGAGGAAAAAGAGAGAAGAGACAAUGAGGAGAAAUGGAGAGCAAAAAUUGAAAAGGAGAGAAAACGGAGAGAAAAACAACUUGAAGAAAAGGAGGAAGAAAUUAACAAGGAACGUGAGAAAAGAAAGAGAGAACAGGAAGAGAGAGAAGAAGAAGACAGGAAGAGAAAACGACAGGAACAAAAAAAACGACAGGAGUGGGAACAGAAAGUUGAAGCUUUGGAGGAAAAAAUAAGAUCAGAGUCAGAAUCAAAGGAAAGAAAACUGGAGGAGAGCAGAGAAGAGAUGAGAAAAGAACGAGAGAACUGGGAGAAAACACAAAAAGAAGAGAGGAAGAAACGAGAACAAGAAGAUGAACAGAGACGACAGGAGGAACAAACAAGACUGAAAAAGCUUCAAGAAGAAUACGAACAGGAGAUAGAAAAAUAUGAAAAAAUGAUCAAAGAGGAGAGAAUCAGAAGAGAAAAGGAGGAAAAAGAGAGAAGAGACAAUGAGGAGAAAUGGAGAGCAAAAAUUGAAAAGGAGAGAAAACUGAGAGAAAAACAACUUGAAGAAAAGGAUGAAAAGAUCAACAAGCAACGUGAGAAAAGAAAGAAAGAACAGGAAGAGAGAGAAGAAGAAGACCGGAAGAGAAAACGACAGGAGUGGGAACAGAAAGUUGAAGCUUUGGAGAAAAAAAUAAGAUCAGAGUCAGAAUUAAAGGAAAGAAAACUGGAGGAGAACAGAGAAGAGAUGAGAAAAGAACGAGAGAACUGGGAGAAAACACAAAAAGAAGAUAGGAAGAAACGAGAACAAGAAGAUGAACAGAGACGACAGGAGGAACAAACAAAACUGAAAAAGCUUCAAGAAGAAUACGAACAGAAAAGAGAAAAUUAUGAAAAAAUAAUCAAAGAGGAGAGAAUCAGAAGAGAAAAGGAGGAAAAAGAGAGAAGAGACUUUGAGGAGAACUAUGAGAAAAAACUGGAGAAUCUGAAGAAGACAUAUGAAGAGGAAACCAGAAAGAAAGCUGAAGAGUUCAAUGAAUUCAAAGAGAAACGCAUCAAAGAAAUUGCAGAGCACCAGAAACAAAUGCAGUACAAAAAUAUGCAAUAUAACAUCUUAAAGGCACUUUCCACCAAAAAGAUACCAAAUCUGUCAAAAAUCAGAGAUUUACUGAAGCAACAAGAACAAGAAAUGGAGCAGGAGAAAGAUGAAGAGAGAAAAAAGAAUCUGCAGGAAAAACACGAAAAGGAUCUAAUUGACUUGAUGCAGAAACUUUUGGAUGAAGACAGUUCAACAUUUUGGGGACAUUUGAAUGAUUGGUUCUGAUACAGUUGCUUAAAGCUUAUUUGGUAUGUAAAGCUCUGUCAACAGAGUUUGACUGGUUUUGAUCUCAGAUCUAAAAAUUGUGUCAGAUAAAAGCAAAAUGUGACAAAGUGCACAAGGCUUUUUAUAAGAUACAAACAAUGUGGCACAUAAAUGGCCAUGAGAUAAGAACUUCAAGUGACUCCCAGUUGUUGUAAUAUGGAGAAAAAGAAGGCUACUAAGAAGUAAUCUGUGCCUCGUUUGUAUUUUUAUAUGUGGGGGUUAGAACCUGUUAAAGCUCCCCUCAAGUGUAUUUUGACAUUUUAUUGAUAUUUCAUAUUUGACUGAGUUGCAACACAACCCCCUUUAUGUAUAUAUUUCUAUAAAAGUAUUUAGAAUCAGCUGUUAUCAGCUCCUGUAUGCAGUGACCCAUGGAUGUACAGAAAAAUAUCACAGGAUUACUUUACUGCUGAAGAAAACUUAAAAACAUGAUGAUUCUCAGGCUGUUCUGGAGUUAUAAGGAGUGUCUUUUUUUAAUCUGAUUUCCAAACCAACAUUUGUGGUUGUUUAUUUGGAUUCACACCUGAGAUAAAUAGUAAGACACACUGAAUUUAAAAUGUGUUUAUCCUGCCUGAUGUCUUUGUUAUGUUGUUGUUUUUAAUGUGAGGUUAAUACAGACAGUGAAGAGGUGACAGGAGAUGAGAGAGCAGCUAAUGUUGCAGUUCAUAGUCAGCAUCUUAGUCUCUGUUUUGCUUUUUAUUAUUUCUUGGCUUCUGUGAAUCAUGAUUAUAAAGACAGUGACACAGUAAAUAUAAGGGUUUGUGUUGCUGCUGCAUCAGUCUGAGACACUCAGAGAGAAUGUGAUGUGAUACGAGGAAAAGCAUCAAAUAUGACAUUAUGAAUAUAAAUACAAAUUUGGCCCGCAGUGUAAUUUUAUUUGGCCCGCGAGGCAAUACCAAAUUAUUAUAUAAUUAUUGUACUAUAAAAGCUGACCCGCCGGUAUUAUACGGCGCAUUUACCGCUAAUACUAUAAAUCCCACAAUGCCCUGCUGUUGUUUUGGCGCGUCAAUCAGGACAGGACCCAGAAACGCUCCUCUGUGACAGUCGUCAUAGCAACCUCAAGCUAGAGCUGUCUCCGAGCUACCCCUUCCCAAAAAUGGCGAAAAGAAAGGCAGAAUUUAUUAACCUGUUGAAAAAGUUUAUUUUGAUAUUUAAAUCAGAAGGAUGCAAAUAGAAAAGGGGCAUACGAUUUUUAUUUAUUUUUUAUUCAAUACAUUAAUGACAUUGAUGUGUUUUUUAUUUGAAAUUUGAUUUUGCAUGUCUGCACUUUUCAGUUAUAUAUUGUAUCUUUAUAAGCGUUGCUGGUUCCAUAUUUAAUGGCCCGCGAUUUUAUUCAAGUUUUAAAUUUUGGCCCAUUGUGUAUUUGAGUUUGACACCCCUGCACUACAGGAUGAUCCCCUGCAGCUUCACUGUGUUCAGUUUUAUCCAGCAGGUGGAGCUCUAACAUGAACUACUGAGCUCAAUCUGUCUGCAUUUACCUCUUCAGAUUUCUUUUCCUUUUUUCUGUCAAUGCAUUUAAAAUAUUUGACACUGAAAAGCUUAAAUGUAGUUAAUGUUAAAUGUAAUAUUUCAUGAUAAUGCCUAAUGUAACGUAUUUCACAAUGUAGUUUUCGAAAAAAAUAAAUCUGAUGAAUAU